GAUGGGUCAGCAACAGAGUCCUAGCUUAAUAGCACGGCUUGCGUGGCAGCUUUUCGGGUUAGCUUGGGGCUUGUUCAAUCUCACCUUUCUUCUCAUCCUCGGAGGCAUUGUAGAGGGGGGUUUCUUCAAGGUGACCAGUAAGGAGGGAAAGUCCGAUUUAGAUGCAGUAGCCCAGAAACGUUAUUGGGAUGUGGACAGAGAGCCUCUGCCUGGUUUCCGACAUGCGUUUUGCACUCUUCGCAACGGCUUGAGGUUGCACUACGCUGUCAAUUGCAGAGAAGUCAAAGAAGCGAGGAAUGUCGCAGUUUUCAUUCAUGGCUUUCCAAAUUCAUUCCUCCUGUGGCACCAUCUACUUACCCAAGAUGCGCUCAAAGACCACGUUCUGAUUGCUGUUGACCUUCCUGGGUAUGGCGGGAGUGAUUCUUUAUCAGCGUACAAUGCGAAUCAAAUCCUAGAGGCGAUGACAGAGUUCAUCCUGGCUAUGAGGGCACAGUAUCUAAAGGCAGACGAAGCCAAGUUCGUGAUUGUUAGCCAUGAUUGGGGAGGCCUCAUUGCCGCUAGAUUGGCUUCUGAAGCCAACCAGCUGGCAGAUCGUUUUGUCAUCGCAGGUGCUGUUAUUCCCCAACACACUUAUGACAACGCGGUCGCGAAAUAUGAUUCUGCUCUGCAGAUGCUACGCACGUAUUCCCGACGGCCCUGGAAGAACUUCUCUCUCCUCAGAAAUGCUUACCGCACGAUCUUACCCGUCCUUUCCCAGAUUGGCAGGUCCUUUUACGUCUUCUGUUUCAACCUGCCAUAUCCUAUCUCGAACUACUGCACAACUUUUGGCGGAUAUUGGUUAUUGAAAGUGAUGCACAAGUGCGAGAUCGGGCUACUCCAGACGGAUGGUCAAUGGAAGCGGCAGCCGAGUGUCAAAGAGGCUAUGGAUCUUCUCGCCAUGUCUGCAGGUCCCGGCAUUGCGCAAGUUGAUGUUUACCCAGAGGCGGUGAAACAGCGUAUUCCAGACCACGGCAUGUCGGAAAAGAUCCGCAUCUAUCGUGAGGGUAUGUUCAAAGGCAUAUGGGAAAAGUCAAUUGAGACCGUGGUCGCACUCUCGGAGAUACCAACAUCACGUUUCCGUCCCGGUACAAGCUCUAGCGGCGAUCUUUUCGACACUGGACCGCCUGGGAAGCUUAGGGCACCAGCAACGAUUGUAUAUGGCAGCAAUGAUCUGGGCUUCGACCGUAGAUUAGCUCUGGAAGGGAUCAACGAGAGUCUUGGCAAGAAGAGUCAAGUCGUGGUUCUCGAGAAGUCGGGUCAUUGGCUCCCCCAGGAAGAAGAAAGCAGGGAGAUAUUAAAAGACGCCGUGCAAUGGGCUAUGGGAGAUGAGAGCCUUCUGCUCAAGGAGAAGCUGACUAUGAAGUCGGUAACAUUUCUUGUGGAUCAAUAG